ACUCGCUUGGUGGUUUAGUUUGAAUUUCCCUACGUUUUCUGCGUACGGACGCCCAUUUGCAACUAAUGGUCCGUUCGUAUCUCCAUGCAUUGCCUGCAUUACCCCAGAUGUCCGCUGCGCUAUAAUCAUUCUGCCUGCAGUUCCGUGCCUGCGCAGCGCGUCCUUCCUGCUCGUUCUCAGGCCCAUCCAGUACUACACAAAGUAUUAUUCAUUUCUGCCAAGGGCGGCGUUGAAAAAACAAGAGCUACAAAAAGAAGCGCAUCUUCUUUUACAGGAUCUUUUGGUCACCAUGUCAGAAAUAGUGAAGUAUGUUGAUGACGAACACAAAACAGUCUUUCUGAAGAUAUUAAACGAGCAGAGGUUGGAAGGUGAAUACUGUGACAUUGCCGUCGUUGUGGAAGAUGUUAAAUUUAGGGCACACCGCUGUGUUUUGGCAGCUUGUAGCAAUUAUUUCAAGAAGUUAUUUAAAAAACACGAAGUUGACAACUCCUCUGUGAUUGAGAUUGAUUUUUUGCGCUCUGAUAUCUUUGAGGAGGUACUAAACUACAUGUAUACUGCCAAGAUUUCUGUGAAGAAGGAAGAUGUAAAUCUUAUGAUGUCUUCUGGCCAGAUCCUUGGCAUUCGAUUUCUGGAUAAGCUUUGUACUCAGAAAAGGGAUUUGUCUGCCUCUGGAGAAAAGAAGGCCAAAUAUGCUUAUGGUGUUGAGAAAAUCACUAUUCCAAAUACAGACUCGCAUGAUAACCAUGACGAUGAUGUAGAGGUGCUUGGAGAUGAGAGUCCAUCAGAUAAUGUUGUAGAAGAGACCCAACCAAACCACGAAGUUGACAAGUCACCCCAUAGCACCCUUAGAGUCCAAGAAGCAAUUCUUAAAGAACUCAGCAGUGAAGAUGUUCAUAAAGUGAGCUGCUAUAGCCAAGAAGUGGAAUCCAUGGAGACCGAACCUAAAGACUUGGGUUCACAGACACCUCAGACUCUAACGUUCGCAGACAGCAUAAGUGAGGUCAAAGAUGAGCAGCCACCAGGGUGGACAACUGCCGCUGGAGACAUGAAGUUUGAAUAUUUGUUGUAUGGGCACAGAGAACAGCUUGCUUGUCAGGUCUGUGGCAAGACCUUCAUUGAUGAAAACCGACUGAGAAAACAUGAGAAGCUGCAUUCUGCAGAGCGGCCGUUUAUUUGUGAAAUGUGCAACAAAGCCUUCACCACUCAUGCUCAUUUAAAAGAACACCUAAAAAUACAUACAGGCUACAAACCCUACAGAUGUGACGUCUGUGGAAAGUCCUUUAUCCGUGCGCCAGACCUUAAGAAGCAUGAAAGAGUCCACAGCAAUGAACGUCCCUUUGCAUGUCAAAUGUGUGACAAAGCAUUCAAGCAUAAAUCCCACCUGAAAGACCAUGAAAGACGGCACAGGGGAGAAAAGCCCUUUGUUUGUGGCUCCUGCAGUAAGGCGUUUGCCAAAGCAUCAGAUCUAAAAAGGCACGAGAACAACAUGCACAGUGAACGCAAGCAGGUUCCUGCCAGCGCUAUUCAGAGUGAGACAGAGCAGUUGCAAGCAGCAGCCAUGGCGGCUGAGGCAGAACAACAACUGGAAACUAUAGCAUGCUCAUGAAAUUGGAAGCACAGUGAUGCACAGCCAUCUACUAAUGGUCAGCUGCAGUUAUGUUUUUGAAAGUCUUCAGAAAUUGUAUAGUGUUUGUUUUUUUUUGUUUUUUUUUAUUUAAUUAUUAUUAAAUAAAAUUUUAGAAGAACAAGGUUUUAAAAAAAUGUCGGUGCAGAAAUGAAUUGUCAAACCAACUAAAACAUGAUGAUUUUUUAAAUUUAUUUUUUUAAAACUAAAGUUGCUUCACUUGCAUCUGUCAAAUGCAUAAUGAACAAUUAUGUACUAAGUUAUCCUGUUUAAGGUGUAAAAAUCGAAUACUUUUUUUUUUUUUUUUUUUAAUAUAAAAACUGAAUAUACCAAAGCUGUAUAAUGACUUGUCCGGUUAGGCAGUUUAAUUGAGGAUGACUGUAUUGCCUUACAUUUGUUGACCAUGUAUGUACUGUUAUACAGUACCAGAUGUGUAAAUAAACAAUAAUAAUAAGUAAAUGAAUAACCGUUCUAAAAUAAGACAACACUAAUGACCUUUGAAAGUAAUUUGAAUGCAUAAUGUUUAUAUUGGCAAGAAGUGUAUGCAAGAUACGUUUUACACAUGCUCUGUGUACAACCAGUUUAAAAAGGGUUUGAAAGAAGUUGAGCAGAGCUGGUAUUAAAGUGCUAGACAACCAUUUUUAUAAUAAAAACACAUACUGUUA